AUGAGAAGAAGGACCUUGGAAUGGUUCGAUGAAGAAAUUACUACAAAGCAAAAUUGGGAAUUAACUAAUCUGACUGAUGGUACAGGACAAACCAAUUUAGUAGCAGUAAAUGGAUGCAAUGCUGGUCAGAUAGGUGCUGAUGGUUUAAAUGAGACACUCAGACAACCUGGAAAUACAAUAGUAAAAUUAAGAGCUUUUGGAAAUUUUUAUCCAAAGCAGGCUGAUCAAGCCAUUGCUGAAGGCAUUCUUUAUUAUCUCAUAUUUCAUAAACACGCUUAG